AGGGAAACCAGAACACUACCAACUCUCAUCCGAGUGCAACCAACUCAAGAUCAAAAGUUAUAUUUCAAACUCGAAAAAAAAACAACCUUAUAACAAUGUCGUUCAUCACACGGGAAUACAAGUUUGAGAGCAGCAAGGUGAUGGAGCAGAAAUCAGAUCAGCACACGAUGGCCAUGCGGAGUCUGAGGAAACUGGUCAAACCCCUUCUGCGGCUGGUGAAGAAGAAGCAGUUGCUCCGGAAGACUCUAGCUGAGAUCCAGAACCAAAAUGCCAUCAACGCUUCGUUGGAGGACAUGCGCAAAGAUCCCGCGGCCAGUUGUGAUAACAUGGCCAACGAGGAGUUGGAGCAGCGACUCUAUAGCGAUCUUCGCCAGUGCCCCACCAAUGGUGCCAUGAUCGUCCAGCAGGGUCAACAGCAGAACAUUGUGCCCGUCCAUCCCGAGCAGACCUUUAUCCCGGUUCACUUUGCUCGCACCAGCAGUGGCACCUUCUUCUGGACCUCAGCCGAGAGUGCUCGCCAGCACCAGGAGCAGCAGUUACGCCAGCAGUUCGAUCGAUGGGUUCAGGCCUAAACAUCAUCCAAUCAAUCUUCGAUCCAUCAGGAAAAUCUCCAAUUGGCAGCUUUAAGUGCAAGUGUCUCCGUCCAUUGGUCGUCGUAUGGAUGCGGGUUCAGCUUAGCAUGUUCGUAAUCUCAGGGUGAUAUUAGGCAUAGAUUGGAUUCUUUGGGCUUGGCUCCCAAAGGAAACGCAACUCUAAUUGAUAUUCAAUUCGUCACAAUCAAGCGUUACUGUCGUUAACUCAUUGUGAUUCCUUGUGUCUUAUUAGCCUUAAGUUAGUCUUAGCCGAAUCAUUGUCUUCCAUGUUUGUUUGUUAGGGUCUUCUAAUAGGUACUAGGCUAAGAAUCAUUGUCUUCCAUGUAAAAUUUUAGCUUUAAGAAUAUAAAUCGUAAAAGAAAUAAAAAACUAAAAAAAAAGAAAA